AGAUUUAACCUGAAAUCGACGCGCUCAAAAUACAAAAAAAAAUAAUUGUCAAUUUUACUUAAAGCAUAUUCUCAAAUAUACCUAAGAUUGCCGUUAAUCUCCUAACGACGUCUCCAAAAUGGCGGAUCACAAGUAUAGGCUUUUCAAUGCAGUCGACCCGAGCAAAGUAAAAGUACCCUUCAAUCAGAAAUUCGCCAAUUUGACGCUAUCCUCUCACAAAAAACGACAGCAGGUGUCCUUAAAGCCGAAGGAACAUACAAAUAAAAGGAAUUCUCUUGGAGACUGUCAACAGGAAGCAAUUUCAAUGCGCGGAAAUGUGGGUGGUCCGUCCCGCGGGGAUAAUCUCGAGGAAUCGCACUCAGAUAUCAAUAGUUCCGAUUACAUGGACGCCCUGCAGUUGAGUUGCAGCCAGGAUGCACCUGGCUUGGAUAACCUGUCCGGUGGCAUCAGUAGUUUGAGAGUACAGACCAAGGAGCAGCAGCUGCCGCCCAAGCCAGAGAUACCCAUUUGCAUUUCCUCUUCCACGGAGGAGCACGACGACGAUGCCUCCUGCAUCACGAUAUCCGAUUCCAGUGAAGACGAGGGGGAACCUCUGCCCCCCGACAGCAUGGCUGUGAGCGACCGAGCACCCGAUCCCGAUCAGGAGCCAAUAACACACCCUAUACUGACAACUGAAAAGGUGCAGCGCAUCGAGGCUUUCCUGCGCGAUGUGUCUAUUGAGCGGCGUGACAUGGAAAGGAAUGGCUCACUGACACCAUCGCCCCUUUCAUCCUCUAGGCGGCAAUCUCGGCUAGCUGAAGCUGACACCGAAUCUAUGUCGCCAACCGACGAUGACUUUCAACCGGUGGCUACUAAGUCAAUGGAAGACAGUAAGCGGCUGGCGGACAUCGACACGCAGAUAGACACCAUCUGCUCGGCGGACAUAACUCAACUGGAUAGCAGCAAGCGGCUGGCGGACAACGAAACCGAGGCAAAUACGAUGGGAUCAGAGGACUUGGAGCCCCAGGACAGCAGUAAACGGCUGGCGGACAAUGACACCGAACUCAACACACUGUGUUCUAAGAGCUCCGUCAGCAACAACUCUACGUUGCACGAGGAGCAACCCAUUUCAGACGAAUCCAUUGAAAUACCAGAAACUUCUAGCGAGGGCGAGCCCACGCCACAGAAACCCAGCUCCGGUUCCUCAACAUCGGGCGAUGACGACGGAGAUGGAUGCAAAUCCAUCCAAGUAAACAGCAUUAAUAUUUCAGCCAAGAUCCACAUCAAGAUCAGUAUUCCCACUAUCGAUUCGAGUUCGGCGGAGGACGAAGAGCAGCAUUACCCGUCGCCUAGGGCCACCAUGUCCCUGCCGUCCUCUGAAGAGGUGCACCAGGAGCAGCAGCAGACUUCAAAGACGGCACACCAACACUCGAUGCUGUCCACGGCUGAUGCUUCCGAGGAUGAGCAGUUUCUUACCCACGCCGAAAAGCUGCUAAAUCAGUUGUAUGGAAAGUCCUGGCAAACGCCAGAUGUAAUCCGUACUCUGAAGCGUUCUAGUGGCAGUGGCGGAAAGACUGCUCCACUAAAAGCCAGAAACAUUCCAGCAACAGCGGCCACCACCGAGAAAAAGAAGAAGCCGCGUCCUCUAACUGCUAGACCAGAUGAGAGUGUCCUCGGAGAUUUCAGCAUAUUUAAGCGAGCUCUACGCUCGACCCAAACUCCUUUGAACUCCACUCGCUUGCCACCCGUGCGAGCUGUCCAAACGGAGAGACGUCCUCGGCCUCAAAAGCCAGUGACACGAAUGCGCACUAACCACGUGGAUGAGGAUCGCUGGCGGAAACUCAUCGAUUCUGACUCCGCCACAGAUGCUUCAGACGACGAAGACGCAGAUGCCACUUUCAGCGAUAGCGGUAGUGGCAGCGAAAUCAGUGGCGAUUCAAAAAAGAAAGGCAGUCAAAGGGCCGGCGAGGUUACCUAUUUAGAUCUCACCAAGGACGAGGUGGAGGUGAUCAGCAAUCCCGACGAAGAUUCGCCUUCACCAAAGUUCCACCGCCGCUUGGACGACAUUCUGCGCUCUUGUCGCGCCAGCGCUAAGGCUAAACUCCCUGCUACGCCUGCCCCUCAAGCCACCACUCGCCGGAAGCUGUUUACACCGAACACUGGAUUCGAAGACGAGACCGAGGCUAGGGCGAUAGUGAACAGAGCAUUGGAAUUGGACAUGCUUGAUGAGCUGGAGGGCGACUACCUGCCGGGCACUCCCGUUCACAAGCGAUUGCAGGAGGUUAAAAAGAAAUUGGGUAUCCCGCAACAAGUACCAACAACACCACAUGAAAGCCCGAUCCUCAAGCUGCUCACUCCGCAAACAGCCCCGCCAAAAUCCCUUGCUCCGCUCAAAAUCCCCGGUCCACCAAAAUCCACGGCCCGCAAACCAAAAAAGCAGAAGGAACUGCCGACUAACAUGGCUGGACGAAAGUGCAGCUUCUUAAAAUCUUUGGAGGGGCAAGUGAGCCGGGAUCUGGCGGAUAACGAGGCCUUCUUUUACCGGGAGAACUUCGCCAAGAACAAAGAGCAGCUGGCACAGCAUCUCUACAAGAUGUUCAAUACUCAGGUGUUUAACAACGAGCUGGAUGUGCCCAUUACUUGGUCUAAACUGUUGCGCAACACAGCCGGACGGUGCAUGAAUAAGCGGAAACUAAACCAGCGCAGCAGUGUGGUGGAGCUGAGUGUCAAAGUACUAACCACGGCAGACCGCCUGCGUUGCACCUUGAUCCACGAACUGUGCCAUGCCGCCGCAUGGGUGUUUAAUGGGGAGGGUGGGCACGGACGCGUUUGGAAGAUGUGGGCCCAGCGGGCCAACGACAAGUUCCCCGAACUGCCACCAAUCAAGGUCUGCCACAAUUACAGCAUUGAGUUUAAGUACACAUAUAAAUGCUUAAGCUGUGAUAAAGCUUCGCAUGCCCACUCUCGAUCCCGCAAGGUGGAGGACCUGCGCUGCAGGAUCUGCCGUGGGCCAAUCACUCUAUUUCUUAACAAAAAGGACAAACAGGGAAACACUGUAUCCACUCCUGCGGGCGAGGCGAAGGGAUUUGCCAAGUUCGUCAAGGACAACUUUCAAAAGCACAAGCGAGACAACAUGACAGCCGCCCAGGUGAUGCGCAUUCUCAGUGUGGAGUACGCCAAGCAAAAGGGUAACUCGGCGGAGGGGGUUGCGGCGUCGAUCGCCAAUGGAGUGGAAACGCUUACACUCGACGACUAGCUGAGCUAGCAGGACCCUAGGACAAUCAGGCAAGGACUGAACUAUCUCUCAUUAUUUUCUUAACUAACUCAAUAAUGUAAGAGGUGUAUGUAUACACUUGUAUAUUUUCUUUGAUGUAUUAUAAUAGUUUAUACAAUUUUCAACACAAUGUUGUUAUUAUUAAAGUUAAACGGACAUUUUAGUGUCA